AUGGUUAUAACAAAAGAUAUACAAUUACCUGAAUAUAAAACCCUCACUGUUCCAGAGGUGAAUUUAUCGACAUCAACAUUAAUGGCUGCAGCUCCAUAUCUUGGCAAAGACUGCGAAUCAAUCAACAACGAGUUUAUGCUAUGUCGGCUUGAGUCUCGUGAUCCUAGAGUUUGUGUAGAUCUAGGCAAACUGGUGACUUCAUGUACACUACAAUUCUUUAAAAAAGUUAAGAAUAAUUGUAAACACGAAUUUAACCAAUAUGCUCAUUGUAUUGAUAAAAGUUCUGGGGAUUUUUCGUUUUCGGUUUGUCGCAAAACGCAAACAGUAUUUGACAAAUGCAUGGAUGAGAAGUUAUGUAUGAAAAGGCCUGAUUUUGGGUACUUCUGUCGUGCUCGGGUGCAUAAGAGCCGUGUUGCCCCGCCACCACCGGAGCCCUGUCCUUGCCACUCGAAGGUGCCGGAUCCUACACCGUCUCUGCCUGACUGCAAGCCACGACCCCCACCCCGCUUCGGAUCGCGUCACUUUUGGAUGACCGAGUAGAGAGAUCAUCUCCAUUUAAUAAUUCAUUCAUUUAUGAUAUGUAAUUAGUUGCUUAUUAUUGAAAAAUGUGUUUUUGUUUGGAGUUGUAAAUUUUUAACUUUAUUUUACUAUUCAAGAUUCUAAACAACGAAAGAGCACAA